CGCUGAAGCAUUAACUUGCUUCUCUCACCUCCUCUUGCGUCCAAAAUGGCCUCUCAACCCUCCCAGCAGUACGCAUACCGCGCACAGAAGAGCACCAGUCUCGUCGGUGGCACGCCCGACUACAAGUCCAUCGAUAGCUUCCAACCGCCAGACGUACCCGCUCGCACGUAUAGGUACAGCUCCGAUGGCCGCCUCUUCGCCUACGCCAUCCCCACCGGCGUGCGCAUCUACCAGGCGGAGAGCGCACAGCUCCUCCAGGAGCUCUCUCUCCCCAACAUCGUCGAGAUCAGCUUUUCGCCCCGCGGCACGUACCUUUCCACCUGGGAGCGGCCACUCAAGCUCGAGGACGGCGCCCAGCACAAGAACCUUCGCGUCUUCUCCUCGUCCACCGGCGAAGAGCUCGUCGCGUUCUCGCAAAAGUCGCAGGAGGGAUGGGAACUGCAGUACACCAUCUCUGAGUCACACGCCGUACGUUUAGUCGGCCCAGAGAUCCAGGUGUACAGGCCGGUGGAAUGGUCCAAGGGCAUGGUGGACAAGCUCAAGGUUGAGGGAGCAACGUCUAUCACGCUCAGCCCGGGUCUGAACCCGUCUCUGGCGGUGUUCGUCGCGGAGAAAAAGGGUCAACCUGCCACUGUGAAGAUUUACAGUCUCACAGCGCUCACAGGAGCGCCGACGUGUCAAAAGACAUUCUUCAAGGCCCAGCGUUCGCAGAUCAAGUGGAACACGCUCGGCACCCAGGUCCUCAUCCUGACCCAGACGGACGUCGACCAGGCGAACAAGAGCUACUACGGCGAGACCGGCGGGCUGUACCUGCUGAGCGCGGCGGGCAACUUCGACUGUCGCGUGACCCUCGACAAGGAGGGACCCGUGCACGACAUCGCGUGGAGCCCUAACUCCAAGGAGUUCGGUGUCAUCUACGGAUACAUGCCGGCCAAGACGAUGCUGUUCGACCAGCGUGGACGCAGCCUGCACGACUUCGGCCCCGCGUUCUGCAACUUCAUCUCCUUCAACCCGCAGGGCCGGCUCAUCGCCAUCGCCGGGUUUGGUAACCUUGCGGGCAAGGUCGAUAUCUACGACCGGCGCACGCUCACAAAGGUCACGGUGAUCGACGCGUCGAACACCUCCCACUGCGAGUGGUCGCCCGACGGCCGCUUCCUGCUCACCGCGACGCUCUCCCCGCGCCUGCGCGUCGACAACGGGAUCAAGAUCUGGCACUGCACCGGCCCACUCGUGCACGUCCAGCCCAUCGAGGAGCUCUACCAGACGUCGUGGCGGCCGACGCCCGUCGACGCGCUGCCCGCGUUCCCGCAGGCCAUCCCCCCAGCGCCCGCCCCCUCCGCGAGCGUCGAGCAGCACGCGGUCAUCGCCAAGCCCGCGCCCAACAGGCUCGCCGGCGCGUACCGCCCCCCGGGCGCCCGCGGCCUGGAGGCGUCCACCGCCUACAAGCGCGAGGACGACGCGCCGAGCGGCGGGUCGACGCCCAACGGGCGGUUCAGCCGCAGCCCCGCCCCCGGGCGGUUCCAGAACGGGAGGAGACAUGUGCCCGGGGCGCCGACGUCGCCGUCGCCGGUGCGGCAUACGGGUGACCAGGACCGCCGUGGGCGGAAGAAGAAGGGCCCGAAGGAGAACAAGAAGGGCAACGACGCUGCCCCGCCUGCGGCCGCCGCCGCCGCGAACGGGAACGGGGAGGCGAGCGUGCGGCCGUCCAUCGACAUCCCGCCUAAUGGCUCUGCGGAGGCUAUACAGGCGGCAGCGACGAACGGGGAGGUGCCACCGACCCCCGGCGGGGACAACGGGCUCGACCCGACCGCGAAGAAGGUCCGGAACUUGAACAAGAAGAGUGCUGGACGUCGGUUGACGGUGCACGUGCAGCUCAAGGCCAUCGAGGACUUGAAGGAGAAGCAGAAGAAGGGCGAGCGGCUGGAGGCGACGCAGCUCAAGAAGAUCGACACCGAGGCGGAGAUACGCAAGGAGCUCUCGACGCUCGGCAUCUCAUAG